AUGAAAGAUACACUAAGGGCUGAAGGCAAGGUUUUCGUCAAUGGAGGGAGUGUUGGCACCAGUAUCUGGGCAACACAAUUCGCCAAAGCUCUGGGAGUUGAGGUUACUGCCAUAUGGUCCACCAAGAACAUCGAUCUUUGCCGCCAGCUCGGCGCUGACGAGGUAAUCGAUUACAGAGCUCAGGAUGCCAUGGCCGAGUUGAAGAGCAAAGGCAAGCUCUUUGAUCUUGUGAUCGACAACAUAGGGAUCAGCUCAGAACUGUAUGAGAUCAGCAGCAUCAUCCUGAAGCCUGGCGGCACUUUUGUCAUGGUGGGUGUUGGAGAAUCUCUCUCCCUUUCUGGGACGUUCGCAAUGAUUGGCAUGCACCUUUACCCCAGCAUCCGGAGCGGGCAGCAAUAUCACUUCGUUCAGAUGAAGAACACCACCGAUAUUUUCGGCACAUUGGAGACUGGAUGGUGGAGGGGACGCAACAUUUGCUUUUGA